UCACAUGAUCAGCACGGUAAUUCGUGAACCUGCCGCCAGAGGUCACUCAGUUGUUAACCUUCCAGACAGGAAUAAAAUUUGUGGGCCAUUAUUUUCCCUCAUUUGAAAAUAUAGACAGUGAUUGUGAGAGAACUUAAGCAGAGGAAAAUAUCACGGCAGAAACCAUGGCUACUGCUGGCACACAACAGAGUUGUCCCUUUGAUGGCUGGGACCCCAUGGAAGAAGAUUAUCAAGACCCCAGUUUUAACAGUUAUGAUACAGGACCUGGUAGAAACCUGCCUCCACCCUCAACACUAACAGAGCGAGAUGAUGGGACAGUCCAGCUGUAUGUAGUGGGCAUACCUAAUGAACUGAAUGAGGAAGGACUAAGGAAUCUUUUCUCUGACGAUGGACAACUGAAAGUCUUGCAAGCUAACAAAGUGAAAUCUAAACAGCCUCAGAGAGGGGACACAUUUGGCUUUGUGAAAUAUGGGAGUGUGAGGGAAGCUGAGUUGGCCAUAAGGAAGUUUGACCAGUUCAGAAUUGGACCGUUUAGACUGAGGGUGAAAGUGGCGCUUUCAGAUGAAAAGAGGGCUGCAAGAAGAAAGGAAAAAGAGGAAGAGGAAGAGUUUUUAAAAUCAUUGAACUGUGCCAAAACUGACCCUGAUCAAGAAAAAAGAAUGGAGCAUGAGGUUGAGGAAGAAAUUAGAAGGAUGAGACUUCAAAACCAAAGCAAAGCUGAUUUUGUCAUGAAUUUCACAACCAGGGAAUCCCCUCUGCCAUCAGCUCCCCCUGGUGGUCAGGUUGUAAACCAGGAUAGGCCAGCACUGGAUUCUGUGUCCCCUGAGACAGGACGAUACACUCCUGUAGACUCUGGCUACCAUAGUGGUGAGACAAGGACACAGACCAAUGCCAUAUAUCUGGGUGGGGAUGGAGACCAUCAUAGGGAACAUAGUAUUGGGAAUCAUGCCAUAGAUAAAAGUUCUCAGCCAGAGAUCACAUCACCCAACAUGUCUGACCAAUCAGCUGCUGGUAAUGCAAAGAAGUGUUUGAAGUGUGGAGGACCUGGAUUCUUGAGGUGUGGAGCAUGCAAAAGCCCUUACUGUAGUCCUGCCUGCCAGAGGGAAGACUUCUCUGAGCACAAGGUUCAGUGUAAGACAAUCAGGGAAACUGCAGAAUUAGCGGCACGGUUUGAAGUUAGCGUUGAUGAUGAAAUGCAGUAUUUAGUGGGAGAAUUACCACAGGUUUCUCUUGGUGAUCCUACUGCCAGGGUCAAGUCACCUCUCAAGAGUAUGACUGAGAGUUCUGACACCCUUCCACAGAGAGCUGAGAGAUCUGACACCCUUUCACAGAGAGCUGAGAGGUCUGACACCCUUUCACAGAGAGCUGAGAGAUCUGACCCCCCUCCAAGCACCAGGGGUGGGCCAGAGAAAUACAUGAGUGCCAAAAUGACCAGAGUGAGCCUCCCACUCCAGAAGAAAUGCCAAGUGAAAAUCAUAGAUCUCAGCAGUCCCUCUGACCUGUGUGUGAUAUUCCCAGACAGUGUUCCCCAACUUGUCAAACUAAUACAGGACAUGAAGGAGUAUUACAGUGGUACCACUAACAUUGGUCCGGGUGCCUAUGUACCAUCAGUGGGUGAGGUAUGUGCUGUCCAGUAUGCAGUGGACAGUGGUUGGUACAGGGCAAUGGUGGAGGAGAUCACACUAAAUGGCCAGGUCAGGGUGAGAUAUCAAGACUAUGGCAAUGUGGAGGAGAGACCAGUGAUGUAUACCAGGAAACUGCUGCCAGAGUUCACACAGCUGCCACUACAGGGAAUGCGUUGCUGUAUAGCUAAUGUAGCGCCAGUCCAAGGAAGUGACUGGAGUGACCAUGUGACCAGUGAGCUGAAAACAGUUGUAGACAGUCUGGGAGGGAAGUUUGACGUCGUUUGUGAACAAGUUGUUAAUGGAAUAAGUCAUAUACAGCUGCUGACAGAGGAAGGAGGAAAUGUUGGAGAGGCCUUGAUCUACCAGAAUAUGGCAAGACAGUCUUCAGAGGAAGUGUUGUAUGAUGCUGCCCUGGCAACUUCCUCAGCAGAGACUGAACAGAAUAUGGCAAGGCAGUCUUCAGAGGAAGUGUAUGCUGCUACCAUGGCAACUUCCUCAGUAGAGACUGAACAAAAUAUGGCAAGGCAGUCUCCAGAAGUGCCGUAUGCUGCCCAGAAGACAACCCUCUCUGUGGAAUCUGAACAGUGGGGACAGUCACCAAACAGUUCUACCUCGCUGGACACUAUAUAUCUAAGUCUCCUGCAGUCUGCGCUGUCCAUGCUGAAAAUAAACGAGACAUUUGAUGCAGCAGUAUUCCACAUAGAGACGUCUGAAGUGUUCUAUAUUCACCAUAUUGAUGAAACCUUUGUGGCAUUGAGUCUAGCCAUGAAUGAAAAAUACAACACCAUGUCUACACAGCAGACUUACAGGUUCAAGUCUGGUGAUGUGGUGGCAGCUCAGUGGCAGGGGGCCUGGUACAGAGCUCUGGUGCUGGCAGAUAUGGCAUCCACGUCUAAGGUGUUCUACUUGGAUUACGGGAACACAGAGGAGGUCAGCAAUACUGCCAUACGCCCCUUGCUGGAGGAGUUUGCUGACCACCCACCUAAGGCUAUCAGGUGCAGCCUGGCAGGGGUGAAGAUUUGGGCAGAAAACCCUGAGGUGCCCCACGCAGUCCAACAGGUGCUCCAGGAGAAGCUGGUAGAGAAAGUAGUCAAGGUUAACAUGGUGUCCACUGAUGAUAACAGAGCUUUGGUUAAACUGACACUUGAUGAUGGAACAGACGUUGGACGUUUUCUGGUGGACAGUGGAUUUGCUACAUGUACUGACACCAACCAAGUCACAGAACAAAGUGAGGAGUCUAAUAUGCCGCCAUUGGUGACUGCCCAAACAAAAGAGAGCCCGAAAUCAGCUACGUCCCCCACACUGCCAGUAGUGAGGAGAGGAGCCAGAUCUCCACUUUCCUGUAUCACUAGUGAACUGUCUCUACCACCUGUGUCAAAGUCUCCACCCUGUGUGUCAGGAGCAAGAUCACCUCUGUCUGUGUCAAAAUCUCCACCCUGUGUGUCAGGAGCUAGAUCACCUCUGUAUGAAGACCGUAGUCCAAAUUCUUCGUCUAAUGUGCUCAGAGCUAGAACUCCUCCAUCCCCAAGACCUGCUGUUACUGGGGCCAGAGCACCGGCAUUUCCCAGAGACACUCAAAGAAAGAGAAGCUCAAAUGUCAGAGAUGCCCCAUCAAGACCAAGGUGUCUGACCCAUGUGGACCUCCCAAAGUUGGAGCUGCCAGAAGACGGGGAGUUCCCACUGCUAGGAAGGCUCCAGACGCAUGCUCUCACAGAUCACCAUCCUCAUCGUCUUGAGGUUGGCGAGGUGGUCCUGGCGCAGUUCACUGAUGGUGUCUGGUACAGAGCCAUGGUACAGGCAGACCAGGGUCCUCAGAUAGGGUAUCAGGUCUACUUCUGUGACUAUGGCAACACGGAAUAUGUUCAAACAGCUAACAUCAGGAAAAUUCUGGAGCCAGAGUUAGUGACAGGGUAUCCCCGCCAGGCCUAUCAGUGUAAGCUGGCCGGGGUGAGAGAGGUGAAUAAAGAGAGCAGUGUAAAGGCUGCUGAGGAAAUGAAGACAAUACACCCUGGGUCAGUACUGGUCAGAGUUGUCAGGAAGGAAGGAGAGGUAUACUCUGUGAAUUUGACUACACCAGACGGUGACUCCAUGGCCCACUAUCUCACAGGUCAAGGACUUGUGGCAGUGUCGGACCUGGUCCCUCACCCAGACAGUGCCUUCCAGCCAAUCCAACCAGCUGUGUGUACAGCACUGACAGCACCUGAACCUAGAGUUAUGACAUACGACGUGACCAAAGCUUCACUGGAUUCUUCUGUUACCAUGGUGAUAGUUUGUAACCCAGACUCCUCACCAAAGCUGUUUUAUUGUUGGAAUAUGUCCAAACAACAAGAAAUGCAAGAAGUUGUGACAUUGAAGGACAGACUUGGUGAGGUCUAUGAACAUGUUCACCCGGACCCUGCCUUCAGACCCCUGGUAGAAGAAAUGUGUGUUACCUUUGCUGAAGGAGAAGAUGGUGGGUGGUCUAGAGCAGCAGUCCAAGCAAUACUGCCAAACAACAAGUACAAGAUAUUUUAUGUGGACUUUGGACAAGAGGAUGUGAUCCCAGGAGAUAAACUGUACCGUAUAGAACCUCAGUUCACCACACUACCUCUCCAAGCUAUUAAGUGUGCUCUGUCAUGUUGCUUCCACUCUGAAAGUCAGACUUUCCCUCCACAAGCUGUUGAUAAGUUCAAGGACUUGGUUCAGGGGACAUUACUGCAAGCCAAGCUGAUAGGCACCAAGAAUAUGACUCAUUAUGUAGAGCUCUGUGACCCCAAAACAAAGAAAAACAUUGGGUCAGAACUUGUCAAGAUAGCUACUGAUUCCAUCACACAAAGACCAGAUAACAGGGGUGCUUUAAGCCAACAACCAACAUACAAAGCCAACAAGUUUCAGCAGAAUCGUAGAACCAGUGAUGAAGAUCAAAGUAUCUGUGGCAACAGACAAAAGUCCUUUUCUGGAAAUGGACAACAAGGAAGAUCUGAUAAAUCUCAGCAAGAUGGUAGCAACAAAAAUAGACCCCAGGAUCAGAUGUCUGCUGGUGGAGAUGCGGGAGCCAAAGCUUUUAUUGAUCGAUUACACCAAAGAGGAAAGCCGUCUAGAUAUCAGCAAAAGUCUGGUCAUCAAGGCAGUCCAGACAGACGACAAAAACAAAGCAGUCAGAAAUCUCCAGGGCCGAGAAACAAACAGCUGAAAUCUCCAAAAUCAGGAAACAAACAGCAGGAAUCUCCAGGAUCGGGAAUCAAACAACAGAACUCCCCAGGACCAGGAAUCAAACAGCAGAACUCCCCAGGCAUAUCUUAUGGAGGUCAACUGCCAGAUGUGUCUGCCCAGCAACAGUCAGGUCGCAGUCCUCUGAACUAUCCCCCUAACAAAACUUCACAGGUGAAAGGUCAUGGCCCAAGACCUUCCCCACAACAAGCUGACAGAUCUCCUGUAGGCAGCUCCUAUCACCAACCUUCACAUGUGACAGGCUAUGAAUACAAUACUGCCACAAAACCUUCCCCACAACAAGCUAGUCCACAUCCCUCAGUUAACACCUCUCACAUGCCAGAGCACCAGUCAGAUCCUGGGCAUAGUGUCUCUACUGCACCAUGCCGAGUGCAGUCAGGACGCAGCCCAUUCAAUGUACAAACUCCGCUGCCAUUGGAAGGCCCAGGCUAUGGGCGAAGUGUGUCAACCACUCCGAUUCCACAACUAUCUAGUCGCAAUACAGUAGAUUUCCCACCUCAGCAGGAUUUUCAGGGUCGAGGUCACCAGGAGUAUCCUCUAGAGCAGCCAUUACAACCUCAAGGAUACGAUCCAUACUUCAGGAGUUAUUCAUCCCAUAAUUACCAGGCCAGGAGAUAUGAGAACCCAGCUGACUACAGGGAGGAGUACAGAGAGAUGCCAGCAUAUCACUAUGGUAACUACCCUCCCAGAGGAGGCUAUAGAGGGCACCACUAUAGAGGAAGAGGAGGGUUUCACCAUAGAUACUCACAGCCACUUCAGCAAAGUGGUCUGGAGCAGAGACUGGAGAGACUGGUGGCACUCCUGGAACAACAGCAGCUUCUCCAACUGCAGCAACACCAAGACAAAUAAUCAGCAGUAGCCCAGUCCAUAGA